UCUCUGUCCAUGGUUCUGAAAAAAAACGUCUAUGACGUCCAAAUGGGCGAACAUCGGAAUUCUAGAAAUUUAAAAGACGACGGUUCAGAUUCGUUCAACGGAAAAACUAAAACAUGAUGCCCCUGGCCUAAACGACAGACAUCCGAUUAGUCAAAAUGGGAGAGACUCAGGGUUUGUACAAAAUAAGCAAACUAGCUGCCCACGUACCCGACCUCGUUGUGUACAGUACCCUCGCCAAAGACAUUCCUUACGCAGAGAAGUUUCACGGAGUGCUUCUCUUCGCCGAUGUAUCAGGCUUCACUAAAAUGACAGAGAAGUUCAGUUUGAGUAACAAGAAAGGUUUCGGAGCAGAUGAGUUGACGCGCACACUCAACAGUUACAUCGGAGACAUAGUCAGUUACAUCCUUGCCUCUGGGGGCGACAUCCUGAAUUUCGCAGGUGACGCCAUCUUGGCUCUGUGGACGGUCGAGCGGAUUCAGCUGAGAGACGUUAUCUCGCUAGUGGUCAAAUGCAGCCUGGACAUCCAGGACCAGUGUGGCUCCCGGAAUACAGAAGUGGGCUGUCAGCUGAGAGUUAAAUUAGGUAUAUCUGCUGGGAAGCUCUCCAAAGUCGUCAUAGGAGAUGAGCUCAGUCAGUACUUUCUGGUGAUUGGCCGGGCCGUGGACGAGGUGCGACUGGCGGAGGGGUUGGCUGUGGCCGGCACAAUCAUCUUGUCACCCAACGCCUGGGAACUAUGUGACAGGGACAACAUCGUCAUCGACCGCAUAGAGAAUGAGAGAGCUGUGAAGGUGAGAUACAUGAAGCGAGAGCCCAGUUUUUCGGUCGAGAAGUACCAGGACUCAGUAGGAGCGAUGGUAGAGCAUGAACACCUGACAAGAGACUGCGUGAGAAAAGCCUCUAGACUGACGCCGAACGCGGAGCUUGAGAACACGUUCCGGAAGUACAUCAUGAAAACGGUUCUGCAGAAGAUAGACGACGGGCAGCCUCUGGAGUACCUGUCGGAAAUGCGUCCGGCCACCAUAGUGUUUGUCAACCUGCAGUUCAGCGGCGGGCAGAGUGAAGAGGGCCUGUGUGCCGCCAUCCACCGGGCAGCCAUUGGCAUCGCCCGUCAGAUGGUCUCGCACCAGGGCCGGAUCAACAAGGUGUUCAUGUUCGACAAGGGCUGCACUUUCCUCUGUCUGUUUGGACUCCCCGGGGACAAGCGCGAGGAUGAGAGGGCCCACGCUUUACAGGCUGCCUGUGGAAUACACGACAUUUGCCAGAGAGAGUUCUGCAACCUCAAGACCGUCUCUAUCGGAGUGACUACGGGCCCAGUGUUCUGCGGAGUAGUGGGUCAUUCCGUGAGGCACGAGUACACAGUGAUUGGGCGAAAAGUGAACCUGGCGGCGCGACUGAUGAUGCACUACCCCGGGGUGGUGUCAUGUGACAGCGAGACGUGCUACUACUCCAAGCUGCCUGCCUUGUACUUCAACAAGCUGCCUAAGAAAGCCAUGAAGGGGAUCAAGGACCCUGGCGUGUUAUAUCAGUUCAUGGCUCGCAAACAUUCCAUAACUAUUGGUAUAGCGCCUAUGUCCGUUGUGAGGGAAGAGGGAUACCCUCUCUUGGGCAGGGAGAAGGAGAUUUCAGUGUUUUCCAGCAUGCUGAAGGGUUACCUGGAGUCAAGGGCUGCCGGUCACACCAACUACAACAACGUUUUGAUCUGUGAGGGACCUGUUGGCUAUGGCAAGAGCCGUCUGCUGGCUGAGGCGGUUUACCGAACUGCCAAGGAGGGAGUCAGAGUAAUCUCGAUUGAGCUGGCCAAGACAGACAUCAAGCAGUCCAACUACGCUCUCCAGACUCUCCUGGCCGUCCUCAUGUCAGUUCAGAACUGUAAGAGCUAUGCAGACAGAGAGAAAGUCAUCCUCUCCAAGAUUGAAGAUCCAGAGAUAAAGGAGAAUCUCUGCCUUCUCAAUGAUAUCCUGUUAGUCAAGUUUCCUGUGUCCAAGGACGUUUCACUCAUGGACAGUGACACGAAGAACAAGAAGAUGAGGAAUUACUUUGUGGAGUUGUUAUGCAAGUUUUCAGAGGAUGAGCCAUGUGUGUACGUGCUGGACCAGGCUCACUUUGUAGAUCAAGCGUCAUGGGCCAUCCUGCAGGAAGCCUGCGAAAGAGCCUCAGUGUUGGUGUGUAUGGCCCUCCUCUCCUGCACCAAUCAGAGUGGUCCCUUCCCUGAGUUCAGCCGCAUCAUCACAAACCCCCGGACCACCUACCUCAAGCUGCUGGGGCUGGAGCCCUCGGUCAUCGGCCAGCUAGCCUGCCAGAUAUUAGGGGUGACCCGUAUACCCAGUGAGGUGGAGCUGUUCCUGGUGGAGAGAAGUCAUGGGGUUCCAUUCUACUGCGAGGAGCUCUUGAAGAGCCUGUACCUGGGUCAUCAGAUCGUGAUCGAGGAGGUGCAGGAGGAGGACCCGGCUGAAGACAUAGACAUCCUUUUCCCUGAGCCCACCCUGGUGGUACACCUCUCCAAACCCAGCCAGGUGUGGCAACAGGAGGACAGCAGGGCCAGCGCGCUAGGGACCCCAAAGGCUUCCACGUUGAAAUUCCGCAAGAUCGCAGACCUGGUCGAAUCAAAGGACCGCGCUUUCAUCUGUCGUGUCGGAGAAGUUGCCAAAUUUCAUGAAAUACCCAUCCCCCUGACACUGAAAGGCAUGGCGUUGGCUCGACUGGACCAACUGCAGCCGGCAGAACAGAUGGUGGUGAAGUGUGCCUCUGUUAUCGGCCACACAGUCACCACUGAGAUGCUCGUCCACAUCCUCCCGAAGGCGGAGAACCUGGACAAGCUGAAUCUAUCGCUCAGCUACCUGUUCGAGUCGGCCAUGUUCGAGUGCGGCUCCACGCCCGAGCAGUUCACCUGGCGACAGCGCCACGGGCAGCCAGAGUGUUGGGGUGCGCUCAGCUGCUACUGUGCACGGGACAGCCGAGAAGACGUCAGUGAAGUGGCAGGCCUGGCCUCGGCGGACGGCGUUUGGCGCUGCAAGGUGCUGCGUUUCUGCUCUGCCCUGGUCAGGGAGACCGCCUAUGACCUGUGGCUGAAGGAACCCAAGAGGGAGGUCCACCAGAAGUGUGCCGCCUUCCUGCUCAGGCAAGCCCAUCGAUGCAGAGCCUGCGGCGUCCACGGGUUCGUCUUCGGCCACAAGGCGGCCGUUGGGAACAACAUGAUGGAGGUCCGCCCUCUCUCUGGAGAGGCCUUGUUCACGGGCCGGCGAGGCCCACCGAGGCCCCAGAAGAGAAGAAUAUCACUAAACCAGGUCAGACCUCUGCAGCCUAACAGUGAAGAGGACACAUUUCUGUUGAAACUGGAUUCCAUGGUACGUGACUACAAGAGGACGACGGGCAGAACCAGGAAGUGUAGGUGCGCUCAGUUGGUGGAGUGCCUGCUGUGUCCCAUGGUGCAUCACUGCAUGGGCAUCGGCGAUGUGGCCAAAACCUUCUUCUACCUUCUGGAGACGGCCGCUGCCCUGGCCUCCCUCUCCAGCCACCUCCAGGCCCUGUCCUAUUUGAACGAGGCCAAAAUCAUACUGGACAAUCUGAAAGCGGGCCACCCGGCCUUUGAGACUGCCGACCCUAGAGCCAAAGUGAAAAUCAACAGCAUUGAGAGAGCCUGUGUCUUCCGUCUCACGGGAGAAGUGUUGUACAACAUGGGACAGAUCAAAGAGGCUGAGAGCAUGUUCACCAGAGCCCUAAGGAUCCUGGGAAAACACGUCCCAACCAACCCCGUGGUCAUGUCUGUCAAGUACCUCCAUGAGAAGAUAAAGAGUCAGCACUACAGAUCCAGGAUUUUCGGCAGCCCUGGGGAAAGGAAGCUUGCAUUCCUCCACCAGCAGAUCUGCUGUCUGUCCUACGUGUGGCAGAUCAGAUGCAUGCGAAGAACUCCCCAGAACAUUCUCAGUGCAUCCCUGGCCAUCACUAUGGAGAGGAACUCUGCCCGGCAGACUGCAGAGGAGUACAAGAUUACUUUCUCCUGCAUUGACUACCUCCUGUACUGUCAGCUGAGUGGUCGGGAGGACCAGGGUCGGCGCUCUGAGAGGAUGCUGCGCCGCACCUGCUCCGAGCUGUCUGACAGCCAGGAGGACCUGACCCUCACCAGCCACUUAGUGCGCACCCUCGCCAUAGUCAAGCUCUGCUCGGGAGCGCUGCACGACGCCAUCCGUUACGGUCUGCUAGCAGAGAAAAUCAGCGAGCUGACAAAGCCCCUGGGCCUGGACAUGAGGACAAUUGUUGUCCUUCACACACCCCUGAUGUUCACACACAGGUAUGGCGAGUGUGUCCGGCUGUUGCUAGGCCAGGAGUACCCGGGAAACGGCGUGGCUAAAGGCUGCUUCUACGUCGCCUGCUUUCACUUCCUGCUCUACUCAGGCUUUGCCGUCCGUCCAUUUGAGGAGUGCCACGCCUUUGUGGAGGAGUCCCACUCAGAUCCUAGCCUGGUGGCUGAACAGAGUCUCAUGAUGAGCCUCUACUCUGCUCUGGCUCUGUGGUAUACACGGCUGUUUGACUGGGAGAAGGCAUGUUUAUUCUAUACCAAGGCCUGGAGAGUUGCUCAGCAGGCUCCCUCAUCCAUCCAGGCCAUAAACGGCACAGUCGUGUUCCUGGAGUGUCAGGUGCUGCUGUUCAGAAAGGCCCUGGUGGAGCACAACAAACACAUCCACACCAUCUACAAGAACACACAGAAGCACUUUUCAGAGUUCACUCGUAAGUACUCGACCAACAGGACAUUCGGGCCACGCGUACUCCACCUCCGAGCCUACCUGUACCUGCUGACGGGCCACCGGGCCCUGUCCCGGGCCAUCCUGCACCAGGCCGCGGGGCUCUGCCGACAGCACGGCAACAAGCUGGAGAAGGGCUGGAUCAGGCAGAGUCAGAACUUGUGGUUUGGCGCGUGCCGACAAAGCACCGCGAAAGAGGCCGGUUCCUUUAUGACCCUGCCCAGCUGGGAGGAGGCUAGGGGGGUGGACCCAGAGGAGCUGGCCCACAACCGCUACACCCUGAUGGGUGUCGGGGACCAGAGCUGGGCUGACAGCUCCAACCUGUGCUUCACCCCAAACACAGAGGACAUCCAGAUCCUCAAAGGCCAAGGAUAGGGAAAUGGUUCCUUAGCGAGACUUAGCGCAAAUUAUUAUUAUCGGCCAAGAAUAUGGAGAUUAAAAGAAAAUGCUGUCGUUGUCAUUGGUUUAUUUUAUUGGUUCAUACAUUUCUCGCUCUCUUUCUCUCGUAUUACAAAUGUACAUUUAUAGUGGU